AUGUCGUCGUUUGUACGCAGAUCGUUUGCUCUGAUUUUCUUCGCAGCCUUCAUCGGCGCGCAUUUGGUCUUCGGGGAUGAGCAUGCAUCGGCCAAUGCGCACGCAGACGUAACGAAACCGUCACGCUGUCCCAAAGGUGCGGACUGCGCUAUUAUCAAUGAGCUUGAUAAGCGCCAUAUUCAUCUCGGAACAUUCGACGGUCUGGAUCGUAAGCCCCUGGUGAUCACAGUGCACAAGAGCAACCUUAAAGAACGUCGGGUAUACGCCGUAACCGCACUUAGUGAGCAAUCUACUGGUAACGAGUGGAUGAGCAUUGGAAUCUUGAACGAGGAAGAACACAAGGAGGUUAAGGGGCAUCACCAAAAUUACUACAGAAAGAUUUUGACUGAGAAAUUUAUGUGCGAUACGAUGAGGUUCGGACAAUACGCACACGGCAUAGAGACACUUUCAUUCAUCUCGUAUAAUGUGAAAUUGACACCUGAAGAUCUUAAGCGGCUAAAAGGUUAUCCCGAGGGUUCCCAGUACGAAAUAGAGUUGAGCGAAGACACCCAAUCCAUGUUCAACAUGCCGGAGACCGAUGGCCCAGAAUACUCUAAAGGUAGCAUCAUGAUCAAUCCAGAGGUAGCGGAAGGCAAGUACUACCUGGAUUUCGCAUAUGGAAAUCCCUUCGGUGGCCCCAAGAUGGUUUGCUUCAAGGAAGUGAUCGUGAAGGUACUGCCGUAA